CCGCGGCCAUGCGGGCGGCGGGUCCGGCCCUGGGCCGUGGCUCCGCAGCGACCGCCGGCCGCCCUCCGCGUGGCCCCCGGGGCCGCCGCCGGGUGCGGCCGUCCUUCGUGGAUGAGUCGCUGUUCGGCCGCCCCGCGGGGGCCCGCCCGCCGCCUCCCGCCUUCCCGCCGCCCUGGGCGGCUCCGGCGGCUCCCGCUGCCGGCGCGUCCCGGCCCGGGAGUCAGUGCAGGUCCCGAAGCCACGCUCCGUCCUUCUGUGACGAGUCUCUGUUUGGUGCCAAGCCCCAGGGUCCCGCCUGGGCAGCUCCACGGAUGAGGAAAGAAGAUGUAGCCAAGCUCCAUACGCUGCUCUGGAGCCCCCCGCCUGCCCCCCGAAACCAGCCUGGCCUUUCCCCACACUGCAGGGGGCCUCCCCUGCGAGCCGUCCACCCACCGGCCUCCGCGCCUCCGGCCACAUCUGAGCCUGUCCACAAGGAGAAGUUGUGUGGCUGGAGGCAUCCCAGCAGCGAUGCUUGCUCCAAAGGCUGGGGGGCUCCUGGCAGAGGACGUUCCCAGUCUGUCAUCCGGCUGAGCGCCCCCAUGGACAGGAUUUGCCUGUCUUCCAGCCCCGGCACAGAAAGGUGGAAAAACCAGAGCACUCCGACAACCCCUGCUGCCCCCCAGGGCCCUCCGAUGAGGGGUCGGUCCAGCAGCGUGUCUGGAUCACCUGUGCUCAGGAAUGCCAAGGCAGCAAGUGGCUGCAAACCCAGACCCCCCUGGAAGUGAUGCCAAAUGACCCUCUGGAUGUACAUACAGCCUUAGUCUACCCGAGACCUCCCUGUGACCAAGCCCACAAGGACCCUGGGCUUUUCCGUGGCUGGAAAUGAAGGAUGGGGCUGUUCCAUGCUGGAAGACAAGCCAGGAGCCAAAGGUGACCACAGUGCUGGGAGCAGUGACCUUCUUGUUUAGGGCACAACUGCACGGCACCAGAGUGGGAUAGCCUUGGUGGGAACAGCUGUUUCCCUUGAUGUCCAGUGGUUGUCAGAGGAGGUGUGGUAACACAGCAGGUUCCUGCUGUCUGGGAAAUCCAAGUGGGAGGUUGGAGCAGCAGGAGACAGGAGUGUCCACAGUGCAGUCCAGGCACGGGUACAUGGACAGCGUAGCUCCAGGGGGACAGGCAGGGCUGAGCUCCAUGGAGCUCCCAGAACAGGGGGUGUUGCUGGGGUGGGGUCCCAGGUGAGUAGCUAGGGCAGUUGAGGUGUGAGGACCUUUGCUGACCACAUAUGGUGAGAGCAGUCCUGCUCCAUCCUGCCUGUGCUUGUGCCUGUGGGAGUACAGGAGAUCCCUGGUCCGACCUGCUCAAGGCAGGUCCAGUCAGGUGGUGGAAACCCCUAGGAACAGAGGCUGCACAGCCUUGCUGAUCCCCUUCCCACUGCUCCACUGUCCUCAGGGUGAACAUUCUCCCUGUAUCCAGUCAGAGCCUUUUUAGUUUGAUUUUUGUGUCUGUCCUCUCAUUCUGCACCUGAGCACAAAACUUGGCCCAACCCUCAUGGUCGCGUACUCUUUGCAGGUAUUGAGAGGCUGCUCUGAGGCCCCCCAAAAGGUUCCCUUCUCCAGGAAAUGAGCACCAUUCCCUCUGCCUCUAGGCACAGGAUGUGCCUUGGUGUCUCCCUGCUGUCCUUGCUUCAUAUCACCAACACCUUAUGGACUCCUCUGGCAAAGCAGGACAAGGGAGGACAAGCACAGAGGUGAGGAAAGCGUUGCCCUGCGUCCUGCUGGCAGUGGGAUGGUCCCAGCCUGGAUGGGGUUUGUGACAAGAGAAGGAUCUGCACAGGGAUUUUGGCAGCUCGUGGUGAUGAGGAGGUGCUGAGCAGAUACAUAAUUGUGUGGCUGGUGCUGAGGGUUGUGAGGUGCUCACAGCAGUGCCAUGGUGUCACCAAAUAAAUGCUCCAAGGCAAAUCUGGGAUCUGUGGGAUGCUGCUGAGUGAUCUGAGCACCUCCAAAGCUCCUCCACUUCCUUUCCUGAGGUGGGAAAGAGCAGCUCUGUCUGUAUGGAGGCAGAUAAAGGACGUGGGGUGGGUGACUUGGGGUUUGCAGUCACUGCUCCCUGGGGAGGGAGGCUGCGAUGAGGAGCUGCUGAGGUUACUGGGAGAGUUUAGUAACUCCUGUAACACUCAAACACGCCGAGGGAAACACUCAAAUUCACCCAAGGCCACACCAAGCCAGGUUAAGAGCAUCAUUCUGCCCUCAGAAAUUAUUUUAUUGCACCUUCAGCAGCAGCAGUAUCAGGCCUUGACCCACUCCAGCACGUGGAGCUGGAGCCAGCCAGGAGCCUGCACUGACUGGAAUUUCUGCUUAUUUCUUUGGCUGAUAGGAAGCAAGAAUAACCUGAUGUUAUUAAAACCUGAGAAGGUGGGUAAGGAUCGUUGUGAUUAGUUCCAAGCUCUCAGAUCUCUCCCUAUGCUUCCCAUUGAGGCAGUCCAGCAGCUCUUCUCCACCUGGGGUAAAACUGGAGGGACAUGAAACAAUGGUGGCCUUCUCAGAGAAGGGGUUGGGAAUGCUGAUGUCAGUCCAAGCCUGAUGAGCUGUGUUUGGGAUGUGGGCACAAUGACGUGCAAGCUGUGAAGACUGCUGGUCUCACUGGGCUGGGAGAGAGUCCGGAUGUGAUUUGGACACUAGAUGGAGACAAGAGGGUUGAGGAUUGACACAGAAGCAGGAACACCGUUCCCCGGCAGUAGGUGGAUGAGCACGAUCCAGUGGGGCGAGUCGUCAGCAAACUGGGGGAACUGCCCCGGAAUCUAAGCAGCAGAAAACUGAAACAGCGCAAUCUUGGGAGAGCUGGAGUCCUUGAAAGAUGAAGCCUCUUAAAAUGAAGAGAGAUUUUAUCUGAAAAUCAAGUUGACAGUGGCCUGUGUGGCCAGGAUUGGCCACUUUACCCCCACUGCUGUGCUCAGAUUCCAAGGAAUCAGUGGAGGAAACUAGAGCCCAUCACAUGAGCCACACUUUUCUGUCCCACACUGGCCCAGGUUGUCACCAAGGGUUUCCAGGAGGUCAGAACUGACAUUUCCUUGCUAUUUACACAUGAGGACAACGUUGGUUAAGUAUAGAUGGGUUGUUUGCAUUUUGUUCUGUGAUUCUCACUCACAUUGAUGCUUCACUGCUGCCCUGUCCUCUUGUUCUGCCAGAGCUGUGCAGCCCAGCAUGAGAGCAAAAGCUGCUCUGUUAAUGCUGGAACUGGUGCUCACGUGGAAAAAAACCAGAUUAAAUCUGAAUAAAAUGAGGUGGAGGAAAUGUUAUUUCCUACGUCCAGA